AUAUUUUAUAUAUAAACCUAACCUCCUGCAUAAAAGUAGCAGCUAAAAAUUGUUUAUCUAUAUAAAGGAAAUUUUAACGCAGGCGAAUGCAUAGCUUGAUUUAAUUCUGGAAUCACAAAAUUAAAGGAAUAAUGGCUAAUACUGGAGUAUUACCAUUUGUACGAGGAGUGGACUUUAGUAGAAAUGAUUUUGGAGAAGGAAAAUUUCCAGAGUCUGUGCGUUUGAUGACUGGAAUUCAAUGGCUCAAGUUAGACAAUACAAAUUUAGCAGAAAUUCCUGAAGAGAUGGGAAAACUUUUAAAAUUGGAACAUUUAUCAUUAACAAAAAAUAAAUUAGAAAGAUUAUUUGGAGAAUUAACUGAACUUGGAUGCUUAAGAAGCUUAAAUAUACGUCAUAAUAACAUAAAAUCUAGUGGAAUACCAGCUGAAUUAUUUCAUUUAGAAGAACUAACUACUUUAGACAUUAGCCAAAAUAAUUUACGUGAAGUUCCAGAAGGACUUGAAAGAGCUCGUUCAUUGUUAAAUCUUAAUUUAAGUUAUAAUCAUAUUGAAACAAUUCCAAAUACAUUAUUUAUUCAUUUAACUGAUUUACUAUUCCUUGAUCUUAGUCAUAACCAAUUAGAAACAUUACCACCUCAAACGCGCAGACUAGCUAAUUUACAAAGCUUAAAUUUAAACCAUAAUCCUCUUGGACAUUUUCAAUUAAGGCAACUUCCUUCUUUAAUGAAUUUGACAACUUUACAAAUGCGUGAUACCCAACGUACUUUAAAUAAUAUUCCUUCAAAUUUAGAAAGUUUAACAAAUUUACAAGAAUUAGAUCUAUCACAAAAUGCUUUACCAAGAGUUCCAGAUGCUCUUUAUGCUCUUCCUAAUCUUCGUCGACUCAAUUUAAGUGAUAAUCAAAUUUCUGAACUUUCAACUGCGAUAGAAAUGUGGCAAAAAUUGGAAACUUUAAAUCUCUGUAGAAAUAAAUUAACAGCAUUGCCUGUUUCACUUUGUAAAAUUUCAUCAUUGAGAAGAUUGUAUUUGAAUGACAAUGAAUUAGAUUUUAAAGGUAUUCCUUCAGGAAUUGGAAAACUUUCAUCCUUACAAGUUUUUUCUGCAGCCAAAAAUCGUUUAGAAAUGAUCCCGGAAGGACUUUGCAGAUGUGGUUCUUUAAAACAACUUAUAUUGACUUGUAAUAGAUUAAUCACUGUACCAGAUGCUAUUCAUCUAUUGACAGAUUUAGAAUGUCUUGAUUUAAGAGAUAAUCCACAUUUAGUAAUGCCACCAAAACCAAUAGAAGUUCAAAGAGGAUCAGGCAUCGAAUUUUAUAACAUUGACUUUUCUUUACAACAUCAGCUACGCCUUGCUGGUGCAAAUAUACCUGCACCUGCACAAACAGCCAAUAGCAGUAAAGAUCCCAUUGCUAGAAAAAUGAGGUUGAGACGAAGACGCGAUCAAGAGGAAGCCGAUCAAGAUCAAGCAAAAAUUUUAAAGGGGAUGAAGGAUAUUGCAAAAGAAAAAAACAAAGAUAGUAAUUGGGAAGAUGCAAAGGCAGAAUCAUUAAAACCAAAAAGAUGGGACGAGACCUUAGAAAAACCACCAUUAGAUUAUUCUGAAUUCUUUGAUGAAGAUGCAGGACAAGGACCUGGACUAUCCGUUUGGGAAAUAGAAAAUUUUUUGCCAAAUCAAAUAGAAGAAGUAGCUCAUGGCAAAUUUUAUGAAGGAGAUUGUUAUAUUGUUUUGAAAACUAGUAUUGAUGAAAGUGGAUCGAUGUUGUGGGCAAUAUAUUUUUGGAUUGGAGAGAAAGCUACACUUGAUAAACGUGCCUGUGCAGCCAUUCAUGCUGUUAAUUUACGUAAUUUUCUUGGUGCACAAUGCCGAACUAUAAGAGAAGAACAAGGAGAUGAAUCAGAUGAAUUUUUAAUGCUUUUUGAAUCUGGUAUUACGUAUAUAGAAGGUGGACGAACUUCAUCUGGUUUCUAUACUGUUGAAGAUACGCCAUCAGUUACAAGAUUAUUUAGAGUUCAUGCUGCUGGUGCUUCGAUACAUUUAGAACCAGUUCCUGUAUCUACACAAUCCUUAGAUCCAAAUUAUGUGUUUGUCCUAGAUUUUGGUAAAAUAAUAUACAUGUGGUAUGGAAAAAAUGCAAAAAAUACUUUAAAGUCGAAGUCAAGAUUAAUGGCAGAAAAAAUCAAUAAAAACGAAAGAAAAAACAAAUCUGAAAUCAUAACCGAGUUGAUGGGAUCCGAAACUGAAGAAUUUUGGAAAUGCUUGGGUGCUGAUAGUUCAGUAAAGCCAGUGGAACAUAUUGAUCCAAAUUUUACACCUGUUAUACCAAGGUUAUAUCAGGUUCGAUUAGGAAUGGGUUAUUUAGAAUUACCUCAAGUUGAAGUACCUCAUGGAAAAUUGGUCAAUACUCUUCUUAAUAAUCGAAAUGUGUAUAUUUUAGACUGUUAUUUAGAUGUUUAUGUAUGGUUUGGAAAAAAAUCAACUAGAUUAGUACGCGCAGCUGCAGUAAAAUUGUCUCAAGAACUAUUUAAUAUGAUUCAAAGACCAGACUAUGCACUUGUUACAAGGCUGCAAGAAGGUACAGAAUCACAAAUUUUUAAAAGUAAAUUCACUGGUUGGGAUGAAGUAAUUGCAGUUGAUUUUACAAGAACUGCUGAAUCAGUAGCCAAAACAGGUGCUGAUUUAACAAAAUGGGCUAAACAGCAAGAAACUAAGGCUGACCUUGCUGCAUUAUUUAUGCCACGUCAACCUCUAAUGUCUCCUACAGAAGCUCAACAACUAAUGGUAGAAUGGAAUGAUGAUUUAGAAGCAAUGGAAGCUUUUGUUUUAGAAGGAAAAAAAUUUGUUCGUUUACCGGAAGAGGAAUUAGGACACUUUUACAGUGGUGAUUGCUACGUUUUCCUUUGCAGAUAUUGGAUGCCUUUAGAUGUCAAUGAAAAUGAUGAUGGUGAUGAACAAUGUGAAGAUGAUUUUCAAUGUAUGGUUUAUUUUUGGCAAGGAAGAGAUGCUGGUAAUAUGGGUUGGUUAACGUUUACAUUCAGUUUACAAAAAAAAUUCAAAUCCUUAUUUGGUGAAAAAUUAGAAGUUGUUAGAACACAUCAACAACAAGAAAAUUUAAAGUUCAUGGCACACUUUAAAAGAAAAUUUAUUAUUCAUCAAGGUAAAAGGAAGCAAAUGAAAUCUGAUGAUGCAAAUAAAGUGGAAUUUUAUCAUUUACGAAGUAAUGGGAGUACUCUAUGUACAAGAUUGAUUCAAAUUACUCCAGAUGCGAGCUUGUUAAACUCUGCUUUUUGUUAUAUUUUAAAUGUGCCCUUUAAUAAUGUUGAUGAAACUGGAAUAGUCUAUGUUUGGAUUGGAUCUAAAUGCGAUAAUGAAGAUGCAAGAUUAAUUGAAGAAAUUGCAGAAGAAAUGUUUAAUAAUCCUUGGAUUAGUCUUCAAAUAUUAAAUGAAGGUGAAGAGCCAGAAAAUUUCUUUUGGGUUGCUUUAGGUGGUAAAAAACAAUAUGAAUUUGAUGCUGAAUAUAUGAAAUACACCAGAUUGUUUAGAUGUUCAAAUGAAAAAGGAUAUUUCACAAUUAGUGAAAAAUGUACAGACUUUUGUCAAGAUGAUUUAGCAGAUGAUGAUAUUAUGAUACUUGAUAAUGGGGAGCAAGUAUUUUUAUGGCUCGGCACAAGGUGUUCAGAAGUCGAAAUAAAAUUAGCUUACAAAUCAGCUCAUGUCUAUAUUCAACAUCUAAGAGUGAAACAAUCAGAGAAGAUUCGUAAGCUAUAUGUUACAGCUAAAGGAAAAGAAUCACGUCGAUUUACUAAAUGCUUUCACGGAUGGGGAAUACACAAACGACCACCAGAAUAAAUUGUAUUCUUUUUAUCUUGUAUGAAUUUCUAUAUAAUUAUUUAUAAUACAUAAG